AAGCACUAUUAAUGACGAGGCUGUAUGGGCUAGAACCCUUUGCCUUCUCAAUAAUAAGGGGAAAAUCAAAAUAAAAAAAAUAUCUCUUUGGUGCUUUUUACCGGAGACGAAGUGUCAAGUUCUACAGUAAAUUAGAAAUGGAAUUUAUACUUUCGUGUUAAUGAUUUUUGCUUAUUUUCUAAGUUCUUUUUAUAUAAAGAUAUAAAAAUGGAUAUCGAAGAGUGUUGCAAAGAGUGGGAAGACUUAGCUGCAGAUUAUAAACGUUUGGAGACUGUAAACAAGGAAUACACGGCCAAAUUAGAAGAGGUUGGAGAAUUACAAGCAACAUGUAUGAAGGAACUCGACCAUCAAAAAUAUCGCCUGUCGAUCAUAACUGGGGCACUUAAAAGGUUAGAAAAACAAGGCGCUGCGAAGGAUGAGCGCGUUUUAGGUCUCGAAAAAGAGAUAAUGAAGAGGAAAGCGAUGUUGCACGAGAUCAAAGCUACGCUGCCGAAACAGAACAGUUUGUACCUCCGCAUCAUACUCGGGAACGUGAACGUCUCGAUAUUGAAUAAAAACGAUAAGUUUAAAUACAAGGAUGAAUAUGAAAAGUUUAAGUUAAUUCUUAGUGCAAUUGCUUUUGUAUUAGCCGUAGCCAACCUGUACAUAGACUUCAGGCCAUUACAACUGAUAUUGAUAUUCCUUCUGGUAUGGUAUUACUGCACGCUGACGAUCCGCGAAAGCAUCCUCAAAGUGAAUGGCUCUAGGAUAAAAGGAUGGUGGCGGUUGCACCACUUUAUAUCCACUGUUGUUGCUGGCAUCCUUCUCAUUUGGCCACAGAACCAACCUUGGGAGGAGUUUAGGCACACGUUUAUGUGGUUUAUUGCCUAUAUUAGCGUUGUCCAAUACAUGCAAUUCAGGUAUCAAAGUGGUGUACUAUACAGACUAAAAGCGCUUGGCGCGAGGCACAAUAUGGACAUCACGAUUGAAGGGUUCCACUCGUGGAUGUGGCGAGGUCUGUCGUACCUCCUGCCAUUCCUGUUCGGUGGUUACACGUUCCAACUGUACAUAGCGUUUAGAUUGUACUUACUGUCACACCAUCCAGAGGCUACUUGGCAGGUGGCAGCGUUAAGUAUGUCGUUCCUGCUUAUCGGUAUCGGUAACACGGUGACGACGCUCAUGGUGAUCCCGCAGAAGUUAAGCGAGCAGAUUCCAUACCUGGGGGCAUUGUUUUUCACGUUGUUCUUUUGCAACAUGUUCACAUUACUGCAGACUGUGCACAAGAAAAGGGAACAGGGUGGUUUGAAACUCCGAUACAAAUUAAGAGCAAUUGCCUACAGACUCUCCAAUGAAAUCGCUGUAUUGGACCAGAAAUGGAGACAAAACAAAGCCGAAACGAAAUCGGAAUAAGAAGAAAUGCUUGUGUGUGUGUGACUAAACUGGUGAUGCAAAGGACUAACGUUUAUAUUCCUGGUGUAAACAUUUAGCGCCUGUUUUAUCAUGUUUGUGUAAAACUCGACUUAUAAAAUAUAACAAGACUAAACACAAACUUCGAUACAUCGUCGAUAAAGUGACUAAAUGAAACUCAUCUUUAUUACUAUCUGUCAAUUUAAAUUUUGUCAUUGUUGGUCGUUCUAAUUAAAAAUUGUUGGUGCUCUUUGUAUAAAUCUGUUUUGUAGAUUUAUUUUUAAUAAAAUAUAUUGUUCUUAUCAAUUUUACACGUAUUCAAUCCUACUUAACUUCCAGCAUAUUACUUUUUGUGAUCGACAGGUAGUAUAAUAAUAAGUAUAAUUAUCUCCAAUCGCUGUGGCCGUCCUGAAGAUAGUUAUGAUUGGUAAAAACUAUUAUAUCCAGAGACUACACGCGUGACGGAAGAUCUCGCAUAGUGCAUUAUGUAGAAAAAGUCAACGUGAGUGAGGUGACUAACGACAUCUCGCGUGAGGUUCUGCGAUAACUCCAAUGUAAAUAUCGAAAUCUUUAUUACUGUACCUAUAGUAAGAAUUUUCAUUGUAGUGAAUUAUUCACAUAAUAGUAUUCAUAUCGAGUGAUUUAACGUUAACGUAUAAUUCGUGCUGCCAAUUCCUCUACAUAUAGGAUAUACUAUUCAAAGAUUGAACCCAAUUUUUCUAUUCUUUGAAAUACGCUUACUGGGCGCUGUUCAAAUUAUCAUACAAAAAUUUUCUUAA